GCGAUCCUAGUCCUCUCCAACUCCCUGAGUUCCUACAUACUCCGUAGAUCUGACCACCGCAUCCGCCGCGCAGAGCUUUCAUCUGUCGCCGCCGUUACUCAAAACCCUCCGCCAACUUGCUGCAACCAGUCCAUCAUCACCGGAUUCAACUCGUUCUGAAGCACCUUCAUUCCGCUUGCCGUGCAUCUUCGCAGCUCUCUCUCCUAACACCGCCUGGGCUCCCGUGGACCUCUCAUCCGGCCAACCAUUCCCCGAGUGGAGGCUCUUACACGUUUCCUAGGCGUGUCAUAGCGGGGGAGCUCCCCCUUUUCUGGACAAUAUCAACAAGUGCCUGCUCAGGGCAGGGAAUGUCUUGCAGUUAGUUUUGAGUAUUUGAGAACAUCCUGCAAUGUCGGGGCUACUAAAUUCAGGAUUGAAUGGGUCAGCUCCAAAUAAUCCUGAAACCACUGUUAGAGGAACAGUGCAAAGCCUGCAGGGGAUCCACGGGAAUUUCAAUAUGUCGAAUGUACAUGGUACAUUUACAUCAAGAAAUUCAAAUAUGACUGGUGGUCCUUCUGGCAGUGUUCAGCAAGUGGGGAACCUUUCUAAUGGGAGAUAUUCAAUAAAUAACAUUCCUACUGUACUUCCUCAGUUAUCACUUGCUAACUCCCAUGGACAAUCAGGGGCAACUAACAUAGGAGGAAGAAUUACAAAUUCAAUGACUAAUAUUGUAAAUGGGGGCAAUAUUACCAGGGGUCUAAGUGUUGAUGGAGGCUCAAAUAUGCACAGUGUUGCUUCUCGCAUAAAUUUAUCUGGUUCACAGAUGGUCUCAAUGCUAGGAAAUUCUUAUUCAGGUUCUGGUGCACCACUUUUGCAAAACCAAUUCCAAGCUGGGAAUAACCAUUUAGCUUCUAUGGCACUUCUAAAUGAAUUUAAUGCACGUGAUAAUGCUACCUUUGAUAUAAAUGACUUUCCUCAGCUGGGUGGUCGCCCUUCUUCUGGUGGUGGUUCCCAGGGACAAAUAGGUUUCAUGCGGAAGCCCAACAUUGGGUUCUCGCAACAGAAUCAAGAAUUUAGUAUUCAAAAUGAAGAUUUUCCUGCCUUGCCCGGAUUUAAAGGUCAGAAAGAGCAACUUCAAGAAAGUAUGGCAUCUAUGAUGCAAUCCCAGCAUUUAGCUGUGGGAAGAUCUUCUGGAUUCAGCUUUGGUGGUAAUUAUUCAUCACAUCAACCACAACAGCAGCAAGCCUCAGCAGCAAAUGGGAGUGGGCUUUCUUUCCCCCCUGCAAGUUAUCAAGAUGCUCGUUUCCAUGGCCUUGAGGCUCGAAGCAUAGGCCCCCCUUCAACUGGAUCAGUUUCUUCCAACUUGUCAAAUUUGGGACCAUAUGAUCAACUUUUGGAACAGUACCAGCCAUUCCAAAGGCAAUCUCAAUUUCGUUCAAUCAGCCCAUUUAGAGAUCAUGAUAUGAAUCCAUUACAUGCAUCACAAGCUGCUGAUCAAUAUGGAAUGUUUGGUUUGCUGAAAGUUAUUAAAAUGAUAAAUCCUGCAUUAAGUUCACUUUCUCUUGGGCUUGAUCUGACCUCACUUGGUCUGAACUUGAACUCACCAGAAGAUCUUCACAAGUCUUUUGCCUCUCCCUGGUCCGAUGAACCUGUCAAAGGAGAGCCUAAAUACACUAUCCCAGAUUGCUAUAAUGCUCAGCAAUUGGGUGUCCUAAAACAAAGUUGGUUCUCAAAGUUUAGGCCAGAGACAUUAUUUUACAUCUUCUAUAGCAUGCCUAAAGAGGAAGCACAACUGUGUGCAGCAAUUGAGUUGCAUGCCAGGGGAUGGUUUUAUCACAGAGAGCUCCGCCUAUGGUUCACAAGGGUCUCGAACGUAGAACCUCUUGUCAAAACGGCCAAUUACGAGAGAGGCUGUUACUUUUGCUUUGACCCCAAUGCUUGGGAGGUGGUGAGAAAGGAUAACGUUGUUCUUCAGUAUGAGAUGAUUGAAAAGGCCCCUACUAGCCUUGCUUAGAAAGUUCUACUGGCUACAUUAUAUGGAAAGGUUCAAUAUGCAAAGGGUAUCUUCAGUUUCUUUUUGAAUAGAAUUUUCUUUCAAAUCCCAUUUCGUAAAUAGAGUUGGGAUUAAUUUAUAUAAUUGGGUUAAGUUUUUUCAAUAUAGGAAAAUUUUCAGUUUUAGUCUCAUUUGUUUGACAGACUACUCUAAUGAAUACACCUCAAUUUUACUUCUCAUUUUGUAAAAUUUUUCCUUUUCAGUUCUUAUAAAUCAGAUUCAAUUAGGAGUGUAUCCCAGUAAAUUGCCCCCAUCUUG